AUGUUGUUCCAUUUUUUGCUUUGCUUUGUAACACUCUUAACGAAAUUAACAUUUCAAAAGCAUAUACCUUAUUCUAACAUUGCAUCGCUAAUUGGCCACAUCAAUUUUAUCGUGCCGACAUCGAAUUUGUUAAACAGCUUUGUUCUCCUUUCAAGUGUCAACGGAAAUGUGGGGUUUCUAAAUUACAGAACAGGCACCCUGGAUUAUGUGCAAAACCAUCGAGAAAAUGAGAAAAUAAGAAAACUGCACGGAGAUGACAAGCACGCAGCUGUGUUGAUCUAUAGAGAUGAUUUUGAAGAAAAUGACGUUGAAGCUAAUUACACAAAUGAUGGAGACCCUUACUCGUACAUUGACGUGUACAGCACGAUGGGCGGCUAUCUCCUCAGCUCCUUUGAGUAUAGAAACGAAAUGAUUGAAGACUUUUUAAUUAAUGAGGAGAACAUAUUUAUCCUCCUGCAGAACAGAAUAGAUGUAGGCAAUAUAAGCAACAACAAAAUAAACUCGUUAACUUUUCAGCAGCUAAAAUUAAAUUUCAUUUAUGCCAAAAUGAUCGGAGUUCAAAACAUGAAGGUAUCUUUAUUCUAUGUGGAUUCAGAAUUUUGGGGGCAUGUAGUAAGCGUCAAUGUUGUAAAUAAGAGUGUAGAAAAUGACAGCAAAAUUAGCCAACUUAAGCUCAACGACAAAAUGGUUAAUUACGUGAAUGUAUUGAACAGCGUAAAUGUUAUUGUGGUGUAUAAUAAGGAGCUCCUCCACUGGGUAGAAUUAGUAGAGGGGGGAGGAAAUAAAUACCACUAUGGGUCUGUGUCAAUAGGGUGGCACGAUGACAAGGUGGAGAAGGAAGAGACAAAUGAACGUGCAAAUUACGCAGAUAGAGACGAACCCACUGGAAAGCAUAGACCCUUUAGGGAUGACUUUAUGGCUCAAUGGAACAGAGAAAAUUGCUUCGUCGUACAACUGGGGGAGAAACAAUCUGUGUACACCUACAACGAUAAGAAGAUGCAUUUGGUUAAGGAGAAGGACAAAAAUGAAGUCAUAGGAUACUACAUAAAUAAGUAUAAAGAAAAGGACAUUAUAUUUGCACAAGAUAAGGGAAGGAAAAUUAUUAUUAAAAAAGCAGGGAAAGAAGCAAUUGUUCCUCUGAAUGUUCUGAACAAAAGUAGUAACGUAUAUUACAAUGCAGAAAUGAUAAUCGGAUUACAUAAUACGGAAGAAAAUGCCAACUACUUCUUUAGUGUAUACAGUGAUUCAUCAUUCACUGUGUAUAAAAAUGACCACGUGCAUUAUUCAAGAGAAGAAUCGCUAGCUUACGUAGAGCAACUAUAUUUUUACAAUUUCCAACAUUUGAAAAAAAAAAGUGCAAAGCAUUCCUAUGACACGACACAAUUUCAUUUAAUGAAAGAGUUGGAAAGCUACCUAAAAGAUAAAAUAAAUUCUUUUAACAGACCUUUCCUAGAAGAUGUUAUGAAAAAAAAAGCGGAAAAGUCAUUGCUGCCAUUUAACUUCUUUUACCUAUCUCAUGAGCAUAAAAUGAACCUACUGAAUAUUUGCAUGGAGAAAAAGAAGAAGUCUUAUUCGUUAUCUGACUACGAGAGGGAAAGAAAGCCAUCCUACGCCAAGGAUACCGGGGGUGACACAUAUAGCAUGCCCAGCGGGGAUGAUACGUACAACCUAAUGAAUGACAUGAUUGAAGAUUCGUUUAAAAAGUACGAACAAAAUCAGAGCGGCAAAUACGCAGGAAGUUCGGUAAUCCUCGUCGUCACACGCAACAAUUUCAUCUUCGCCAUACAUUUAUACACGGGCCUUAUAUUAUACAAAAUUGAUGGCAAUAAAUUUAAAGGCGCAAAGGAAAUAUUUUCUCCAAAAUGGAAUUGUGAAAGGGUCUUCAGUUUGAAUAAGGAGAACUGGUCCGAAUUAGACAACGGGAAGAAAAUAAGCUUUCCAAAUAAUCAAAAGGGGUGUGCCACAUUGGGGGGUAACCCAACUAGCAAAAAGAAACCUAGCAAAGACCAGCCCAGCAGAAAGGACGUCCUAAAUGAUAGCAGCCGAGUGCACUUGUUUAGAAGCUUCACUAAAGACACGGUAAUUACGAUAUUUAAAGGGGACAAUUUUGCCAAUGAUAUAUUAAGUGGAUCUAUCAUUUUUGAAGAUAAAUUAGACUCUUUUGAAAUUAAGAACAUUUUUAUCGACCGAAGAAGUUCGUCAAUCUUGGCGGUGGACAAUUCGCUGAAUGUCAAGGUGGUGCCCAUUCCGGGGGGAGGCGUAGGUAGCGGCACAGAGGAUGAUCUAUUUUUUUACCGCAUAAAUGCGUCGAGGAACUUCAUUGAAGGCUUCAAACUGAGCAGCUCACCCCGCAAAAAGGGACCCAGGAACGAAAUAGGGUUAAUACGAACAUACUCCAUAAAUCUGCACAAUGAAAAACUGGAGGUUUUUUCCAAGUCGAUAACAAAGAAGGACACCUUUUACCCAAUCAAAAUAAAUAAAGACGCGUCUAUAUGCUACAAGUACGUGAGUGAUAACAUCAUAUCUUAUAUAACAAGCACAGACCAGAGGGAAGGCAUCAUAUAUACGCUGUACAUCAUUGAUGGAAUUACUGGAGAUCUUAUUAUUUCGAAAAUGUUGGACAAGCACACGAACCCACCUUUCCAUUUAAUGAUAAAUGAAAAUUUUGUCAUUCUGAAUUAUUUUAAUGCAAACUUGAAAAAAUAUAUAAUUCAGGUCAUUGAAAUAUUGCUGGAUAAGAAGGAUCCUGGUUUUUUCAACUUGAUAACUUCGAAAAAAGAAAAAAUUGUUGAUUUAUUCGACCAGAAAAAGAAAAUCGUCAUAAAUGAGAAAAAUUACAUCAUUGAUCAUAACGUUAAAUCUUUUAAUUUUACCGAAACGAAGAGAGGAAUAACGAAUAAACAUAUUUUGCUACUUCUUGAUUCGAACAAAAUAACUUCCCUAAAUUUAUGGUCCGAAAAAGAUCAAAAGGUGUACAAAAAUUUGAACACGUUUAUUACACAAACGGAUAUUUUAUACAAUUCUAGGGGGUUCAUAUGUAAUGAGAGUCUGCUAGAAUCUACUACGCUCGUAUUUUCGUGGGGAAACUAUCUCUAUUUCACUUGUUAUCAGCCGAACGGAUCAUUUGACACUAUUGAAAAUUUCAAUUUACUUCUUCUUCUGUUUUUAAUCAUUUUGGUGUUUAUUGGUACGUACAUAUCUUACAUAAGGAGGAUAAACAAAACUGUCUAUUCCAAGUGGGCCUGA